AUGCCAACAGAAGAGCUGGGAGCACCUGCAGCUCGUAAGAUCGAUAUCGAGGCAUGGAUGCCUGGACGUAAGAUUUAUGGAGAAGUCUCAUCAGCGAGUAACUGUACAGACUACCAAGCAAGAAGAUUAGGUGCGUAAU